AUGGCCACCGAUAACUCAACAAAGAAGACCUACCACAAGAAAGCUACGGGCAAAGCACUCGAGACUGUCGAGAAGCAUUCGAGUGACCAUGAACUCAAACUCUUCGGGAGCUGCUUCUGCCCCUUCGUUCAAAGGGUGUGGAUCUAUCUUGAGUUGAAGCAGCUCGACUAUCAGUACAUUGAGGUCGAUCCCUACGAAAAGCCACGGCAGUUGCUAGAAGUCAAUCCUCGAGGGCUAGUACCAGCCCUUCGACAUGGCGACUGGGGCUGCUACGAGUCCACUGUCUUGAUGGAAUAUCUCGAAGACCUGCAGAAGGGUGAGGCACUGUUGCCCAGCGAUCCAAAGUUGAGAGCGCAUUCUCGCUUGUGGUCCGAUCAUAUCAACCGGAAUAUCGUCCCCGGCUUCUAUCGGUACUUGCAAGCUCAAGAUGAAAAUUCUCAGAUCGAGUACGCAGAAGAGUUCAAGGAGCAGAUUUCGAAGCUUGUUGAUGUUGCCGAUGACUCUGGUCCUUUCUUUCUAGGAGAAAAGCCGACUUUCGUCGAUGUGCAGAUGGCGCCAUGGGUUAUCCGCCUUCGUACGGUCCUUCAGCCAUACAGAGGCUGGCCCGAGCCUGAGAAAGGCUCUCGGUGGGCAAAAUGGGUCGAAGCCAUCGAGCAGAACCAUGCUGUGAGAGCCACAACAAGCACCGACACUUUGUACAAUCAGUCGUACGAGAGAUAUGCCGAGAAUCGACCAAACACAUCUCAGGUACAACAGGCCAUCAACUCCGGCCGCGGGCUUCCCUGA